CACGAGUUCUUCAGGUUCCCACAUGGGACUUUUUUUACGCUGAAAGAUAUCUUUCGAAGUGAACCCAACCAGAACGUUCGUCCACUCGAAGGCAAAGAUCGCGACGAUGUACUAGAGGUGGUCGCUGCAGCUAGGCAACAUGUAGAAUUGGAAGAGCCGGAUUUGGAGUUUCUUCAAGUCCGGAACGGUUAUAGGUUGUUCGAUCCUCAGCGUGGCAUGGAUUACAUGGUCGAUCUGGUGUACAAAGAUGGUGCUACCCAAGUUACCGUAGGAGCGUCGUGUGCACUUGUGCCGUAUGGUUGCAGGUACACAACUUAUGAAUCAAAUAUGACGAUUGUUGUACCAGUGAGUGAUGAGUCGGAAGUGCUGCCGGCACGAAGACUUCUGGCAAGGCAUGCAAGGCUCUGUACCGCACCAGCUGAAGAAACAAGAAAGAUUUUAUUCUAUAAAGACUUCAGAUGCAAGCGAUCUGGAUUGGAGUCGGACAUGUUACAGCUGCAAGAUUCUUCUGGCGAAAAAGCUCCACGGGAAGUAAAAUCAGCAGAUGUACGUGGAGGAAGCGCUGCUCUCGACGAAGCUAUUGAUCGGUACGGUAGUGGCUCGAUAUUUCUACUAUUGUCACCACACGCUGAUGUGCAAAAAGAAUUCCUCGACCGAGCUCGUAUCAACACAAUAAAGCACUAUCAAGUGUUCUUCCCAAUUCCUUUUGUUGAGUAUCAUCCUACGAUAUCAGGAAUGGAUGUAGACGAGAAUGAAGUAAGUUGUUUUCUCAAUUUUUCGCUUUCUUGGGGUUAUUUUACACAAUGGACCAUGGUCGUUUCGAUUCGCUCGAUUUUUCUUGCAUGGCUGUCUAUGGGAUCCGACUAUGUUGUCAUGCGACCAAAACUAGCUGGAAAGAGAUUGGAUUUGAUCACUGCGUUUAUGAAUCAGGAUGAAGUUCACAUACUGCGCGCUGUGGAGCCAACCUUGAGAAUAAGGAUUUGCGAUAUCAUCAAAAAGUCAUGUGAUUCGGAUCUUGUGGAGGAAGAUUAUUCGAGGUGUAUGGCAAGCAAACGCGAGAACAUCGCCGCUAAAGAUCAGCUCGCUCGGCUCUUUUCAUGA